AUGACACGAACCUCGCCCAUCAACGAGCCAAUUGCCCUGGUCGGCAGUGCAUGCCGCUUCGCCGGCGGAACGACCUCCUCGUCCAAGCUCUGGGAGCUCCUGAGCAAACCCCGUGAUGUGCGCAGCGAGAUUCCCAACUCUCGGUUCAACGCCGAGGCCUACUACCACCCAAACCCGGCCUACCACGGACACAGCAACAUCCGCCACUCCUACCUCCUCGACGACGAUGUGACCACCUUUGACACCGAGUUCUUCGGCAUCAAACCUGUCGAGGCCAAGGCCAUUGACCCGCAGCAGCGGCUUCUGAUGGAGACCGUCUACGAGGGGCUGGAGUCGGCUGGGUUGACCAUUGACGGCCUGCGGGGGAGCGACACGGCCGUCUAUGUUGGCGUCAUGUGCUCCGACUAUGAAGCCAACCUGAUUCGGGAUUUGAACACAGCGCCCACGUACACCGCAACCGGCAUCGGACGCAGCAUCAUGUCCAACCGCAUCUCCUACUUCUUUGACUGGCACGGCCCUUCUAUUACCCUUGAUACGGCCUGCUCGUCCAGCCUGGUUGCCGUCCACUUGGCAGUGCAGUCGCUGCGCUCUGGCGAGUCGCGUGUUGCUCUUGCCUGCGGCUCGAACCUGUGCUUGGGACCAGAGAACUAUGUUGUGGAAAGCAAGCUCAAGAUGCUGUCGCCCGAUGGCCGCAGCAAGAUGUGGGACAAAGAUGCCAAUGGCUACGCCCGUGGUGAUGGUGUCGCCGCCGUCGUGCUCAAGACGCUGAGUGCAGCAAUUGCAGACGGCGAUGAUAUUGAAUGCAUCAUCCGAGAGACUGGACUCAACCAAGAUGGAGCUACAACCGGCAUUACCAUGCCAAGUGCCACUGCACAGCAGGCCCUAAUCCGCAGUACAUAUCACAAGGCCGGCCUCAGCCUGGAGAAGGCCUCGGAUCGCCCUCAGUUCUUCGAGGCCCACGGCACAGGUACCCCAGCCGGAGACCCCAUCGAAGCCGAAGCCAUCGCCCGGGCAUUUUUCGGCGACGGAUACGCGCUGAAACGUGAUGGCGAACCCCUUUAUGUCGGCUCCAUAAAGACCAUCCUCGGCCACACAGAAGGCACUGCCGGCGUGGCCGCCCUGAUGAAGGCAUCUCUGGCCCUGCAGCACGCCACCGUGCCUCCCAACAUGCUCCUGAACAACCUCAGCGACCGCGUCGCCCCGUUCACCAGGAACCUCCAGAUUCUGCAGCAGGGCAGGCCGUGGCCGCAACUCGCGCCGGGCCAGCCACGACGAGCCAGUGUGAACAGUUUCGGGUUUGGCGGUGCCAAUGCUCAUGCCAUCCUCGAAAGCUAUGACUCUGCCCCCGGCCGUUGCUCCCACUCGACGUCCGAUGCCCAGGGGCCGGUUGUCCCAUUUGUCUUCUCGGCCCUCUCGCGCCAGUCAUUGGCCUCCAGUUUGUCAGCCCACGCCGACUACCUGCAGGCUAACCCCUCCACUUCCCUCGUUGACCUGGCAUACACGCUGCACAGCCGUCGCUCGACAUUUGCCUACCGCAUAACAUUUGCGGCCACUACCGCGGAUGACCUGACAUCCAGGAUCCGCGCAGAGCUGGACGGCACAAAGAUCGAGGAGCUCGGCGUGAGAUUCUCCGCCCCAUCCGCAGGCAAGCGGCGCAAGCUCCUGGCUGUCUUCACCGGCCAAGGAGCGCAAUAUCCGCGAAUGGCAGCUGAGCUGAUUGAGAAGUCCGGCACAGCACGGGGAAUUAUCCGCCAGCUGCAAGGCCACCUCGAUCAACUGCCCAAGGAGCUCCGACCAGACUGGUCCUUGGAGGAGGAGCUUUUCGCAGCGGCAGAGUCCUCGCGUGUCAUGCAGGGCGCCUUCUCCUCGCUGGCCACGGCGGUGCAGAUCUUGCUGGUGGAUCUCCUGCGGCUCGCUGGCGUCAACUUCGACGCCGUGGUCGGCCACUCCUCUGGCGACAUUGCCGCUGCGUACGCGGCUGGCUACCUAACAGCCCGUGAUGCCAUCUGCGUGGCCUAUUUCCGAGGCCAUCUGCUCUCACAGGUUCUCCGCGAGAAUCCCAACGCCAUGCAGGGGGCAAUGCUGGCAGCCGGCAUGUCGGAAGAAGAUGCGGCAGCACUGUGCGACGACGAGGCCCUGAAGGGACGUGUGGUUGUUGCAGCCGUGAACUCGUCUUCGAGCGUAACUCUCUCCGGAGACUCGGAUGCUAUCGACGAGGUCAAGACUGUCCUGGACGACGAGCAGACCUUCAACCGCAAACUCAAGGUCGACCGCGCCUACCACUCGCAUCAUAUGCGGCAAGGAGCGGAUCCAUACGUGAAAGCCAUGCGCGCCGCAGGUGUUCGGGCCGUCGAGCCCAAGGAUAACCAGAUUACCUGGGUGUCGAGUGUCUACGGGCGCCAGGUCACGCCCGACAUGGCGCUCAGCGCUGAAUAUUGGGCGGAGAACAUGGUGCGGCCGGUGCUCUUCUACCAGGCACUCAAGACCACCCUGGAGACUGGCGAGUUUGACAUCGCAAUUGAAGUCGGCCCGCAUCCUGCUCUGAAGGGUCCCAGCAGCCAGACUAUCCAGGAGGUUCUGGAGAAAAGCAUGCCCUACUCGGGCGUCCUGUCCCGGGGCAUUGACGCCGUCACAGCCACCGCCUCGAGCUUGGGCUUUCUGUGGACCCAGUUAGGCCAUCAAGCCCUCGCCUUGCAAGACUAUGACCGGGCUGUGAGCGAGGUCAAGAGGCCACGGGCCGUGCUCAAGGGACUGCCGGCGUACCAGUGGAACCACGAAGAGUCCUAUCGCCACGAGACCCGGGCAUCGGCCAAACUGCGCAGCACGACGGCUCCGUGGAAUUCGCUGCUAGGCGCACAGCUGCCGGAGAGCUUGCAGCAGCGUAUGAGCUGGGGCCAGCUCCUCCGGUCAAGCGAGCUCCCCUGGCUCUCGGGCCACCAGGUCCAGAGCCAGACCGUCUUCCCGGCCGCCGGAUACAUCUGCACGGCUCUCGAAGCCGCCAUGGUGCUCGCAGCCGACCGCGAUAUCCGCCUCAUCCAGCUGCGGAACUUCGUCAUCCAUCAGGCCCUGACCUUCAGUCAGGACGACGCCGGCAUUGACGUCGUCACCUGUCUAUCCGACAUCCGCGCCAGCGGCAGCAACCGCGUACGCGCCCAGUUCACCUACUCAGCCGGCCUGCGGCCUGAUGAAAUGGUGCUGGUUGCCCAGGCGGAGCUCGACAUGACCCUCGGCCAGCCCUCGGACGCAACCCUCGCCUCGCGAGCCCCCGUCCCGCCACACACCAUCGCCGUCGACCCAGAGCGCUUCUACACCUUCCUGGCGACGCUCGGCUACGGCUUCGCAGGCCCCUUCCAGUCCCUAUCUUCCCUCCGGCGUAAACUCGGCAAAUCCAUCUGCAACAUCAAGCCUGCAGACCGCGACGCCUUCGGCCACCCGCUCCUCGUCCACCCAGCCGAAAUGGACGGCGCAAUCCAAUCCCUCAUCCUCGCCUACAGCUACCCCGACGACGACCAGCUGCUAACAAUGCACCUACCCACGCGCAUCGGGUGCAUCCGCGUCAACCCGGCCCGCUGCGCCUCCAUGGCGGACAUGGUCGCCGACUCCACCCUAGCCGGCCGGCAGUCAGCGGGCUUCCUGGGCGACGUGAGCCUGUACACGGCCAACUCAACACACGCAGCCGUGCAGCUAGAGGGCGUCGAGCUCGUCCCGCUCGGCGCCAGUACGGCCGGUAGCGACCGCAAGGUGUUUUCCAAGUACCACUGGGUCCCAACGCGUUUGGACGGCGACCUCGCAGCCGUGGAUACCGUUGUCAGCAAGCACCAUGAGGAGAUCCUCAUGGCGCUCGAGCGCAUCUCAACCUACUACCUGCGACAGUUCGAUCUCCAGGUUCCCCAGGAUUCGCCGCUGCGCACGACCAGCCCGACGAGCCACUACCUAAGGUACGCGCGCCAUAUCACGGGCCUGGUUGAAUCGGGAAAACACCGCUGGGCGCGGAAGGAGUGGCUGCGCGACACGAAGGAGGAGAUGCUGCGCGCAACAGUGGCCUUUGCAGAGCUCUCGGACGUGCGUGUGAUGCACCUGGUCGGCGAGCAGAUGCCGCGGGUGUUCAAGGGCGAGACGAACAUGCUGGAGGAGUUCCGCGUUAACAAUGUGCUCGACGAGUACUACGAGAAGGGGUUUGGGUUCCUGCAGUCGGGGCUUUGGAUGAGCCGGACGAUCGCGCAGCUCGCUGCGCGGUAUCCGCAUCUUAGUAUCCUGGAGAUCGGGGCUGGCACGGGUGGUGCAACGAAGCGCAUCCUGCGGCAUUUGGGGGAUAACUUCCUGCGAUACACGUUUACCGAUGUGUCGAGUGGAUUCUUCGAAAAGGGGGCUGAGGUGUUUGCCCAGUACAAGGAUCGCAUGGUCUUCAAAACGCUAGACUGUGGACAGGAUCCUGUGGCGCAGGGAUAUGCGGAGGGCGGGUAUGAUGUGGUCGUUGCCUCGCUGGUGAUCCAUGCCACGCCGGACCUGGAGGUGACGAUGCGGAACAUCCGCAAGCUUGUCAAGCCCGGUGGGUUUCUUGUGGUCGCGGAUGGAAGCAACAACGGGCAGCCACAUGGGACGGGGGGGUUCAUCUUUGGCCCGCUGCCUGGGUGGUGGCUGGGCGUUGAGAAUGGACGGCCGCUGUCGCCAUUUGUGUCGACGGCCGAGUGGGAGCGCUUGCUGCGCGCCAGCGGGUUUGCAGGCAUUGAUUCGACGGCGCCCAAGGGGUUUGAGGACGUCAUUGGCAUGACUGUCUUUGCGGCGCAGGCCGUCGACGACAAGGUCAAUUUCCUACGCGAGCCGCUGAGCACCCAGGCCUCUGAACAGGCGCCGAUCAGUAACCUAGUCCUGGUUGGUGGCAGCACGGCAGCAACACUUCCACUGGUCUCGGCCGUUAAGAGCAGUUUGCAGGACAAGGCGCUGCAACUACAUGUGUUUAAGACGCUCGCGCAGGUGGACACCCGCGUCCUCGAUCCUGACUCGCUGGUGGUCUGUCUGACGGAGCUGGACAAGCCGGUAUUCAAGGACAUCACGGCGGACGAGUUCCUGGCCUUCAAAAGCAUUUUCGCGCCGAACGUCAAGCUCUUCUGGGUCACCAGCGGGCGCCUGGCCGAGGAGCCCUUCACCAACAUGACCGUCGGCUUCGCAAGAACAGCCGUGCAUGAGAUUCCGGGCCUGCGGUUCCAGAACGUUGACGUCGCUGAUGUAGCACGCUUCGACCACCGACACAUGCCCGAGAUGAUAUUGAGGUUCCAGGCGCUAAGCGGGCUCGGUGAGACUGAAAGCGACAACCUUCUGUGGGCUCUGGAGCCGGAGAUUGCGGUCGACGCACAGGGAGAGGAGCUGGCUCCGCGUUUGCGGCCCGUUGCGGCGCGGAAUGACCGGUACAACGCUGCGCGUCGCCCCAUCACCAAAAACCUGGAUGUCACCAGCCACCCCUCGGUCCUGCAGCGAGACGGCGAAGGGUGGACGCUGCACGAGGUCUCCAGGUGGAAGAUCCCUGCCGACGCAGCUUCCCACCGUAAGCUGCAGGUCAGCCAUGCCGUCCUCUCGGCUCUGCGGACGCCCCAGGGACACAGGUUCCUUGUGUUGGGCCGCGAUGUUGAGACCCACGGCCAAUAUUUGGCGUUGCUGCCCUCUAUGCAGUCCGUCGUCGAGGUUCUGAGGGAGGCUGCGGUGGUGCGCCCUUUGUCGGGGCUAUCAGACGCGCAGCUCCUGACCGAAUGCGCAGCGUCUCUGGUCGCCACAGCCAUUAUCGAGCCCAUUGUCGGUGACGCCGCGGUGGUCGUGCACAACGCUCCGAAGCUGGUGGCCCAGGCCAUUGCCAACCAGGCGGAUCGUAAGGGAGUGCAAGCCGUGUUCCUGAAAGAUUCGACGCUGGAGCCCCCUGCCGGGGAGUCAGCGAUCAUCCUAGAGCCGUACAUGACCCAUGCAGAGCUCGCCCCGCUCAUUCCCUUCAAUACUGCCUGUUUUGUGGCCCUCGGCUCGGAGGAGUCGGAAAACGCCGCCACAGUCCGAUCUUGUCUGCCCCGUCACUGCAGAACUGAUGAUGCGACGACGCUGUACGCUCCCACGGGUUGGGAGAGUGCUACCAGCGAUGCAUCUGCGGGAAUCCUGGGACAGCUCCUACAACGUGUCGUGGACGGGGUGCAGAGUGGAGAUGAGACAGCAGGCCAAACUGAGACCGUCGGUGUCGACGAGCUCCUGCAGGGUGCAACCCUGGAGAACCCUACCGUUGUCCUUGACUGGACUCGAUCGAGCACCUACCCCGUGCGCAUCAGUCGCUUGGACUCGGUGACCUUCUUCAAGGGAGACAGGACCUACUGGAUGUGUGGGCUCUCCGGCGCACUGGGCAUCUCCCUGUGUGACUGGAUGAUCGAGCGCGGCGCCAGACAUCUGGCCCUGACCAGCCGCAAUCCCAACAUUUCUCCCAAGUGGAUUGAGGGGCACGCGCGCAACGGCGUCACCGUCAAGAUCUUCCCAUGUGACGUGACCAACGAGCCAGCCCUCCGCAAGACCCACGCAGUCAUCAGGGACACUCUCCCUCCAAUCUCGGGAGUGCUCAACGGGGCCAUGGUCCUCCGCGACGUCUCGAUCCAAAACAUGUCCUUUCAACAGAUGAGCGAUGUCUUCCGGCCAAAGGUCUAUGGGAGCAUCCACCUGGACCGCAUCUUCGCCAACGAGCCCCUCGACUUCUUCAUUCUCUUCUCCUCGAUCAACUGCGUCAUCGGCAAUCUCGGUCAAGCCAACUACUCUGCAGCCAACACCUUCAUGACCGCGCUUGCCGCCCAACGCCGAAAGCGUGGCCUCGCCGCCAUUGCCAUCGACAUCGGCGCCAUCAUUGGCGCCGGUUACAUGGAGCGCGAGUCCAGCAAGGCGCUCGACCUGACCGUCUCCAAAAUGGCGCUGAUGCAUCUGUCCGAGCAGGACUACCACCAGCUCUUCGCCGAGGGCAUUGACGCCGGCCGUCCGGACUCGGGUGACGAAGCCGAACUGAUCACGGGUCUGCUGGAUAUUCCUGCAGCCCGGGGCCCGAAUGCGCCUAGAUGGCAGGCCAACCCUACAUUUUCGGCGUUUGUCAUCCAUCAAACGCAGGAGAGCGGUGCGGCGUCGGGGGGCGAGGCUGCGGUUUCAAUCAGGGAUCAGUUGGUGGGCUGCAAGUCUGCGGGGGCGGUGUUGGGUGUUGUCAAACGGACAUUUGCCGCCCAGCUACGGAACGUGCUGCAGAUGAGCACCGCCGACGAGGACCUGAUGGCCGUGCGCAGCCGUGACAUCGGACUCGACUCGCUCAUCUCUGUUGACAUCCGCUCGUGGUUCCUCAAGAACUUCGAGGUCAGCAUCCCCGUGCUGAAGAUCAUGGGCAACGACACCAUGGCCGAGCUGGCCGAGCUGGUCGCCACCCAGCUUCCUCCCGCCCUGAUCCCAGAACUGGGCGGUGAUUCGCCGAAGCGCGAGGAGGAGAAUGCAGGUGCAAGCGAGAAUGAUGUUGAACGAGCCAGCUCCUCUGGCGGUGACGACUCCCUCGACUCCUCCUCCUCCUCCUCCUCCAACACAGCCCCCACCACGCCUGCCCUGACCCGGCCCCCCUCGCGCAUCAUCUGCCUCGCAACCCGCCAACUAGCGGAGCGCCUCUCCACCGGCGACCUCCCCAGCAACCCCAAAGUAGUCUACCACGCCGGCGACCUCGCCGACCCACUCCUCGGCCUCAGCCAGGGAGAAGCCAUCUCGAUCUUCAGCCGCGCCGACGCCCUCAUCCACAAUGGCGCCGACACCUCACACCUAAAGUCCUACGCGUCCAUCAAGGCCGCAAACACCGAAUCAACACGCACCCUGAUCGCCCUCUGCGCAGCCCGCGCCGUCCCAAUCCACUACAUCUCCACCGUCGGGGUCGCCCUAUUCGCGAACCCGCCGGUCCCUUCCUUCCCACCUAUUUCGGCGGCGGCCUACACCCCGCCUCCGGACGGCUCCCACGGCUACAUCGCCGCCAAGUGGGCGAGCGAGCGCAUGCUCGAGGCUCUAGCCCAGGAGCACGGGGUGAAGGUAUGGAUCCACCGCCCGUCAACAAUCAUCCGGGAGGGCGCGGCAGCGCGCAAUGCAGCUGCGGCGGUCGACUGGAUGAAUGCGUUUGUGGAGUAUAUGGUGAGGAUGAGGGCAGUGCCGCGGCUGGUGAAUCUGCGCGGGGCGCUGGACCUGGUUUCAUUGAAGCGGGUUGGUGGGGAGAUAUUGCAGUGUGUGAUGCGGAAUACCAUUGAGGGGGUCAAUGGGGUGGACUACUUGCAUGAGGUAGGGGAUGUGGUUAUCCCGCUGGAUGCUAUGGAUAGGUUUGUUAGGGAACGGGUUGGUGGUGGGGAUGAUGUGCAGGUUGAUGUUGUUUCUGUGGCGGAGUGGGCGCGGAGGGCUGUAAAGGCAGGCUUGAAUGCGGGUAUUGCGGCGCUGAUUGAGAGUAUGGAUGACCCGGGGCAGCCGCAUUAUCCGCGCAUGCUGCGCGCAUAG